AUGUUUUCUAUACAGAUAUUCAAGAACAGAAAGACCCACUCGGUCUUCUUAUUCUUUUCCGUUGUUUUUCUGCUGGCGUCAGAGCAGCAUUUCGUUGUUGCUGCGGCCUCCUACGCACCGUUGGGCGACCAGUGGACAGCUGCUGCCGCCGUGCAUCCCAGUACACCUCUUCAGUUCCUCCGCCAGCAUAUUUUAUUGGAAAACGUGACGAAUGCGAAUGUCGUCCCCUCCGUUGAGGAGAGCAGCGUGGUUUCUGCAAGGUAUGUGCGAGAUGGUAAUAUAAAAGUUCCUGAUGCCUUGCACGAGACUCUCAACUUCGACAGCUCCUUUCAUCCGGAGUCACCAGACACUCAACGGCCCCUGCCCGUGAAAGUCUCCGGGAUAGAUGACCAAGCCGAAGCCCUUCAGCAGCAGCUCCGCGCUCAGCAACUUAGAGAUGUUUCGGAUGCAGAUAGAGGCGAUUGGGAUUGGGCCACUGAGGAGGAGUGGGCAGAGGGGGAAGGGCAAGGAGAAAAGGAGAAGGAGAAUCAGAAGGAAGAGGAGCACCACGAAGAAAACGGCAACGAUGAUCAGGAGCCUGUAGAGGGGGCCGGAGUUGUCCCGCAGUGGCAGCUGCAAGGGUCUGCAGCAGAAGAUUCUUCUGUUGCAACAAACGUAAAUACCAGUGGUGCUGGCCGCAGGACAUCAGACAGGUUCGUGGACCCACGCAGUGAGCAUCAGUGGCCCCAGCAGCAGCAACAACAGCAACGCAACGGGCAGCAGUUUGAGCAAGGCGACGAUGACUGGCUUGGACUCCCUCCGCAGCAGCAGCAGCGGCAGCCAUUGCCGCCGCAGCAGCAGCUGCUGCCUCCAAACCGAAAUCCUUACGGUCGAGGAGGAGAGGAUGAGUUCCUAAAUCAGGGCCCCAUCACCAAUGGCCCAACCGGCAUGAGGGGCCAGUCUGGGGCCCCGUUUGGGGGCCCCUCUGGAGGCUCCUUUCGGGGGCCCCCUCCAGCACCACACGGCAUUUCACCUUUUGGGCAGCAUGACGGCCCCCCUGGAGGCCCAGCUGGUAGUUCGCCUUUCGGCCAACGGGGCGUACCCGCUGGGCUCCCUUCUGGGGCUGCAUCUAUGGGCCCACGACAGGUAGCUGGAGGCGCACAUGGGGGCCCCAUGCAUGGCGGACCCCAAGGGGGCUUUCCUGGAAACAUACCUGGGGGUGCACGGGGGGCCCCAGCUGGGGGCUUUCCUGGGGGCCCCUUGGGGGUUGGUAUCCCCCAAAGUAGGGCUGGGGAUGAAGACGAAGGAUGGCUCAAUGAGGGAAAUAUUCCCUUUCAUGGACAAAGAGAUGGAGAGAGAGGCGCUCAGCAGCAGUUGCAGCAGCUGCAGCAGCAGCAAAUGCAGCAGCAACUGCUGCAGCAGCAGCAGCAGUUGCCACCGCCAGGGAUGGUUCAGCAGCAACCGCAGCAGCAGGGUCUGCCGGCGCCUCAGCAGCAGCUGCAGCGCACAGCUCAUGAGAUGCAGCAAACAGCUGCGCAGCUGAAGCAUCAGCUGCAGCAGCCCAUUCAACAGCAGCCGCAGCCUCCACAGCAGGAUCAACAACGGCAGCAGCAGCAGCAGCGGCUUCAACAGCAGCAGCAGCUAGAGCAAGAGCGAGAGCAGCUGGAGGCUCAGGAGGGGCCACAGCAGGAGCAAGAAGAAGAUGGCUCAGCAAGGCGACGAAGACGGCAGUUUCUGAAUGCUGCUUUUGCUGCAGCACAAGCAGCAGCAAACACUUUCUUUGAGGUUGCUGCUGAGCCGGAAAAUUGGGGGCUGUCGUCAGCUGAGGGGGAGGGACAAGGGCAGCGCAUGAAUCUGCAGCAACUAAACAACCAAGUAGAGAGCAUAGUCAACGACUUCCUCAGACCUAUACAAGCAGAUGCCAACAGCAGCAGCAACAACAGUAGCAGCAGCAGCAGCAGCAGAAGCAGCCGAAGAGGCAGCGCAGCCCUGCGAGCUGCAAGUACUGAAGAUAAAGACGACUCUUACUUCCAGGGUGAGCAGGACCCUGAAGUGCGACAGGAGUACAUACAGCAACAAAGAGACCGCAUGCAGCAGCAGCAGCUGCUGCAAGAGCACCUCCGGAGUAAGGCGAUGCGGCAGCACCUGCAGGAACACCGCCAACAGCAGCAGCAACAGCAGCAGCAACAGCAGCAAGGCGGAGAGCUACAAGGAGCUGCUACUACAGAUCGUGGGGAGGACCCAAUAGACUAUCGCAGGAGAGCUCUUGAAGGGUUUAACGCCCGCAGGCUGCCCGCAGAAACCUCUUAG